AUGGCUCAAAAUAUGUCCGACCCAAGUAGCUUCACUAUUCCAUGCACGAUUGGGAGUUACGCCUUUGCAAAGGCAUUAUGUCAUUUGGGAGCCAGCAUAAAUUUGAUGCCUCUAGCUGUAUACACCAAACUGGGCAUUGGCAGAGCUAGAACGACUUCGAUGUUGCUACAACUAGCUGACCGCACGGUAAAAAGGCCUACUGGGAUUCUUGAUGAUGUGUUGGUGCAAGUGGGGAAGUUCGUGUUCCCUGCAGACUUUGUUAUUCUAGAUUGUCAGGUAGAUGAGGAGAUAUCUAUCAGUUUAGGUAGGCCAUUUUUGGCCACUGGGAGAGCCCUAAUCAAUUGUGAGACUGGGGAAUUAAAAAUGAGACUGAACGAUGAAGAAGUCAUAUUCAAUGUUCAACAAUCUAUGAGGAGACCCAGUAAAUAUGCUAAUUGCUCUCUAGUGGAGGCAGUGGAUGUGAUCCUGCAAGAAGAUGAUGUGACCCUGACUGCUAAAGAUCCAUUUGAGGCAAGUCUGACAAAUUUAGAAGAAAUGGAUGGUGAAGGGUUGGCUGAGUGGGUCAUGGCACUUGAAGGCUAA